CAGUGUCUCUUUUAUGGGGUGUCUUUGGUUUUGCCUGAAACGUGAAAUUAACCUGGGGAAUAUUUUAUUUAUUUAAUAACAAUUAGGAUAAGGAAGCACUAAAAUUGUAAAAGCAAACCUAUAUAUUUUCUUUAAAAAUGUAUCGCUUAAUAUUAAAAAAUGGAAGUAAAUUAGCUUUAAAGGUACAAUCCCGCAGACACGCCAUCCCAAGACAGGCUGGUUUCGGAAAAGUUUUCAUUUUGUUGGUACCUCUGACUGCUGUUGGAGGAGCGAUAUCAUAUGCCAAUCGUGAUAAAGAUUUUCGGAAAACUUUCGAGAGUAACAUCCCUGGUUCGAAAACCUUACUGGCAUUAGAAGAAAAAUUUUCUGAAAAUAUAGUAAAGCAAUUAGAAAGUGUAACAACAUCAGUACCAAAUUUAUUUGGAAACUCUGAAAAUGAUAAACCCUCUAAAUCUGAAGUAACAUCUUUACCCGUAAAAACACAGACAAAACUGGACGAUAAUAAAUCGCCUGUUAAAUCAGUUAGUCGUUCAACCACAGUAUCUAAAACUGAACCGGUGGAAAUAUUACCUGCUGAUAUAGUUGGGCUUGAAAAAGAAAUAGAAGUUGCAGCAUCUUUAGCUGUUCAGGAAUAUAAUAUGGCAAUUAGUGUAUUGAAUUCGUAUAACGACUGUGUUAAAAAAAUUGUAGAAAAAUCUGUAGAAGAUAUCGAUCCAACCACGUGGACAACUUUAAAAAAUAAAACAAGUGCUCGUGAUACAUUAAUUGGCAAUGCAGAAAAAUUAGCAGUUGAAGCAAUUAAAAAAAUGGAAAAAUGUGAACUUGCUCUUAGCGAAAUAGGAAAUGUAAAAAAUAACGAACGUAUCAUGGAAGUUCGAAAAAAGAUAAAAACUCUUUCCGACCACAUAAAUGAUGUGAAGAACGAAGUUUACAAGUCCAAAGAUAUUUCAAAAUCAUCCGAAAAAUAUUGGAAAAAGGUCGAAGAGUCUCGAAACUAUUUUGUUGAUCAAAUUGAGUCUAUAUUCCCUGGUAUAAAUUUGGCUGAAAAAAAGUUCAAAGUCUCCGAGGAAGAUAUUGAUCUUUUCAUAUUACACGCUUAUUCGCAUGUCUUGGCUUACCAAAAAGAGUUGAAACGGUUGCAAAUCGAGGGAGAAAAUCGUUUGAAACGUGCAAUUGAGGCACACCGCGGUGAUGAUCAAUCUUUUGCAGUAAAUGCACUAGUUGAAUUUAAACUUGAAAAGGAAAAACAAAGACUAGCCAUCGAAAAUCAAAAUAAAAUACUUCAAAUUCGGGUCGAUUCUGAAAAACAAUUGCGAAAGCAGCUAAAACACCAAGCCGAAGCCCACGUUGACCAUUUAAAUGAUGCAAUAUCAGUAAAAGAGGCUGAGUUAAAACGAAAUUACCAACGGGAACUGGAGGAAAAACUCGCGGCCGAAAAGGCUUCCUACAAACUACAACUUGCAGAAAUGCUAGGCAAAUUGCUUGGAAUAGACGCAGCGUUAAAAGCUUCUGCAGAAUCAGAACGAUCAACACACCAGGCGCAAGCUUUAUGGUCUGCUUGUCAAGCUCUCUGGGCAACAGUCCGCACUGGCGAACCGGGUGUGCACUGGAGGAAUAAACUUCGUCCCUUAAAAAGCGAAAUUAGUGCUGUUACUAAAGUUUCUGAGUGCGAUGAACUAGUUUCUGUGGUUCUUGGAAGUUUACCAAAAACAGCCGAAACCCGUGGUGUAUUCCCAGAAGAUGCAUUACGUGAGCGCUUCAUAAAUGUUGAAAAAGUUGCACGAAGGGUUGCCCUAGUUCCAAAGGAAGGAGCCUCACUUCCCAUCUACAUUCUUUCCUAUUUGCAGUCUCUAUUUAUUCUUCGCCCAGAUGAACCAGUUUCCAAAAAGGAAAUGGAAAAUGAAUUAAGUGACUUUAGCAAAAUGGAUACUUAUGACAUAUUAAACAAAGCAAGGUAUUUUGUGGACGGUGGAAAUCUUAUGCAAGCACUUAAAUAUAUGAACCUACUUCAAGGAGCUCCCAGAAAAGUAGCAAGUGAUUGGCUUAAAGAAACACGAUUGCUUUUAGAAACACAACAAGCUGCCAAUACUCUAAUGGCUCAUGCUGCUGCUAGUGGUGUAUUAUACUUAUAAGUUUUCUUUGGUGAAAAUAUGUGUUAAGCUAGCCAUAGACGAUGAAAAUGUUGGUGUGAUUUGUUCGGCUGCGGUUCGCCAUACACGGCCCAAAAUGUUUAUAAACUUAAUUUUUUGUGUGACUGUCGUGAAGUCAAGAUGUGCGAUAGAAGUGCGGAUGAUGCAAUAGCAUGUUCGAUAAAUUAUAUGUGCAUAAAAGAAAUUUGUUCUUGUACAAAUCACUUUUCGAAUUCCAUAUUGCCGGUUCACAUUUUAUCGCUUUAUAAAAUAUUUCAUAAACCGUCGAUUUGUUGGCCAACAUGCCCAUACACAAAUAAUUUUCAACCCAACACCAACAUAUUCAUCGUCUAUGGCUAGCUUUAAUUUACAGAAAAAAAUUUGCGAAAUGUGUUACGAUAGCUACAUAAAGCCAUUUGUUUAUAAAAAAAUCCAUUAUCUAUGUGGAACUUCAUUAA